AUGCAUCCACAUAUCUUACUACUUUCUUCCGCAGUCGCCGCCACUGCAACACGCCAUGGACACCACCAUUUCCACCAGCCUCGCGGCAUUCACCUCACUCGAGGCGUUGACGACGUUAUUGACUCGAUCAAAAACAAGACCGACGAGGUUGCAGAUAAGAUCUCUGACGCCGUCGACUCUGUUCUUGCCCGCGUAGAAUCCUGGGUUAUCCCUGCGACCUGCCCAUGGAAGAUCCACUGGCCGUUGCCGGACACCCCCAUGCCGACGGUUGACAAUGUCGAUAUCCCGCAGCUUUCACUCUUUCCUCGCCCCGACUCUACUUCAAACACGCUGACCAUAUACAACUUCUGCGACUACGACCUCUUCUUCGAACCACACGUCGGCAACACACUGGCAGAGAUCGGCCAUAUUCCGGCGGGUGGCAAGCUCGAUCGACCUUUUGAGUCGGCACCCGAAGGCUCAGGUAUCAAUCUCAAGGUGUCGAAGACUGAGGGCGACUACUCCAAGCCCGUGCAGAUUGAAUACGCUGUCUCCGCGGGCACGGUAUGGUACGAUAUCAGUCUCAUAGACUGUCUGGGACGUACUGAUGGCAUGCGCAAUGGUGAUACGACGGCUUGUGCAGGUCAUGAAGCUGGCUUACAGAUGGGACCUGCAAAGGAUGCGUUGAGUUUCCAGUGUGGAGCGGGUGCUUGGUGUGACGAUCAAGCGUAUUUGUAUGAGGUAUAUGCAGACAUUACAGAGACUGAAAUGAGGGAAAAGAAGCUGACUGCCUACGACAGGAGAACCUCUGUAAGAAGAGCAACCCCAACUCGGCGUGUAGUGCGGACAAGGGCAUGGCUGUUGAGUUCUGCGCGAGUAACAGGAAGCUAUGAGGUGAUCUUAACGAUAUCGACGAGAAUGAGGCGUUUGGGAAUUCGACCUGGAUAA